ACAAAACAUGGCGUAAUGAUUAAGUCGUAAUCGUAGACGUUGACAACGCACAAGCUUGUCACACUACGACUACGACUGCUUGAUCAUUACGCCAUGUUUUGUGCUUCGGCCCUAACGUUUUCGAACGUAGCCUUGAUCAAUUAAGUGAUAAAGUGUGGAUACUGUGAAAAUAUGUAACAAUUUAAGAGAUACAGCAAUUAAAUUAGAUCUGUCUCGUCGUGGAAGCAAUCAGCUGAUCGCAGUAGGGGAUGGUACGUGAGUAACCGCUAGCAAUAUAAUCUUAUUACAUAUAUGGUUGGAUUAUGUGUGAGGUUAUGAAUUUAUGAUAUACAUUAUGCUGAGUUCUGGGAAUAAUCUAUUGAUCUAAAUAUUUGGAUCUAAUGAGAGCUUUAUUGCGAUCUAAAAACAUGAAUCUAAUUAGUGGCACCAUGUUAUUCGGCAUGUUAAGCGACUGUAAUGGACAAAUCUAGAAUCAGAGGUGAUUCUAAGAGGUACCAAAGUAGUUGUUCGAAUCGUUUUGGAGUUAAAGCAAAUAAUUCUCAUUUGCAUUUAUGGCUAAAAAAGUAAAAAAGAAAAAACAUUGUAGUGUGCCUUUUGUACCUCCAAGAAUACUAAAAAAUCUGUUUACUACAAAUUCUUGAAUUAUGAAGAAAUUAGAAGAGGAUAGAUAACCAGAUGCAACAUAACUGAAUAAACACUUAUUAUGUAUGCAGUGUACAUUUGAAAGAAGAAGAUUAUGCAUCAAGAAAUAUUGAAACUUAUUCAAAGUAUUAAUAACUACAUACCAUUGAGAACUGAAAGUGAUUCUCAUUUGAAAACAGACAUAACAAUAAAAGAGGAAACGUAAAACUCUAUGAUUGUAAAUGAAACUGUAAUUAAUACAGGAAACUUAAUGGCUAUUCAAUUUAAAAGCGAAACUGACGAUUCCUUAAUUAUUACGGAAGAUGAUGACAUGGAAAUAAGUAUAAUAUUAGGAAAUGAGGUACAAGAAUCCAUAAGUACUGAGGAAACAAUAAUAAAUACAAAUUUAAUAAAUACUCAAUUGAAAAGAGAAAUUGACGAUCCCGUUAUGGAACAUGAUACUAAUAUGGAAAUAAGUGUAAUAUCAGAGAACAAAAUGCAUGAUAAUACAAGUAUAAAUGAUACAAUAAUGAACACAAAUUCAACAGAUAUUCAAUUGAAAAGAAAAACAAAUAAUUCAAUCAUUAGAAGACGCAAUCCAAGAUAUGUUGGAGAUCUAUGUCGAGAAGAUUUUACUUCAGAUGGAACUUGGCGCUUAUUUAAAGAACAUUUAGUAAAUACAAGAACAAAAAUAAAAGCUUUAAAUCAAAAAAUUGUAUAUUUAAAUAGAAAAGUUGAUCGUUUGCGAAAGAAGGCAUUAAUGGACGCGUUAUCAUCUGAUAACGAAGAUUCGGGUAAUAAUUUAGAAACAACACAUCAAAGAAAAAUUCCAAAAUUGAAAAAUUUUGCAGAAGUAAUAGUGCCUAGAUGGAAAGAGGAAGAAUUUAAGUCUCAUUUUAGAAUGUCCAGAAACAUCUUUGAAUUUGUUCUCUCACUAAUUGCUCCGAAAUUAAAAAGACACCAUCCAGGAUUAGAAAUGAUUUCUGCGGAGAAACAAUUUCUUAUUACUAUCUGGAGAAUGGCUAGUCCAGAUACUUACAAAUCAAUAUGCGAAAGGUUUAAUGUGAGUCGAUCAACAGCUGUGUCUACAACACGACGAGUUACUAAAGCUCUUGCAGAUUUAGCACCAAUGUUUAUCAAAUGGCCAGUAAAGAACAGUGUUCAAGAAGUAUGGGCAGGUUUUGAAGCAAUCAGUGCUUUUCCAAAAGUUAUAGGAGCUAUAGACGGCAUCUAUAUCAAUAUCCCGUCUCCACGUGUAAACCCAGAGGACUAUGUUGAUAAAAAAGGUCAUUAUUCUGUUCAACUGCAGGGGAUUUGUGAUCACAAGUUUCGUUUCACUCACUGUUACAUCGGGCAUGCUGGUUCUGAUCAGCGUAUCUUCCUUCUCUCUGAAAUCCAAGAUGCAUUGGGUAAGCCAGAAAAAUUUCCUGACGAUUGUUACUUGAUUGGUGAUGCUGCAUAUAAGCUUCAUGACAAUUUAAUGAUUCCUUAUUGUGACAAUGGUCAUUUGACUAAACGACAAAAGAAUUACAAUUACUGCCAUUCUUUAGCGCGAAUUGCCAUUGUAAAAGCGUUUGGUCUUUUGAAGGGACGAUUUCAAAGUCUACUGCACUAUCUCCCUAUGGCUCGAACUGACUUGAUUGAUCAUUUUAUACUUGCUUGCUGUGUUUUGCAUAAUAUUUGUAUAUCCCACAAUGAUGAUUUUGACAUUCUCCCAUUAAAAGAUGAAAUAGACAAUGAUAUUUCUCUAAAAAUUGAUAAUACACAAGCAGGUAUGAUCAAGAGAGAUUUGAUUUGUGAAAAACUUUCAAUAAAAUUAAAAAUUUAAAUAUAUUAAGUAUAUUAAUAAUAUAUAUAUAUAUAUAUAUAUAAAAUAUACGUAUUAAAUACAUAUUAACUGUUUUUAUAAUGUUGAUUGUUGCUGCAAGCAACUUUUUGGUAACUUAUCUAUUAGAUAAACAUGUGCCUGUCUUUCUUUAUAAAUAAAUAAAGAAAUAAUAAAUACCUGUUGGAUAAAGUUUCCCAAUUAAUUGAAAUAAUCCUAAGUAAUGUUAAGACUCCUAUUUGCUUACCACUAUUAUUUUCAAUAAAAAAGUAAAUAAAUAAAGUUUGUCAAUGAUCAAUUCAAGUUAUUGACUCUACAUACAGAGUGUACUGCAUAUAAGCACUGUAUAAAGCUUUCUUAAAUAGAUUAAAACAGAUUAAGAUGAAGGAAAAUGUUUUUUAUUAUUUUAUCAUAUUUGGAUAAUUAUCGAGUCGCAUGAAUAAGAGCACGCGAGGGAGCUACACGCGAGCCACACAGCUAUAGCAUCGCCUAAUUGCUCUAAUUUGUCAGUCUAUUAAGUGUCUGAUCAGAAUAAAGUUAUAGAUAAUUAGAAAAGCGACAUUGGUUGGUCUGACUCACAUUCAAAAUGCUAUUGGAAUCAUAGGCUAUGUUCAGUAGAAAAAGCAGCUUUGCAACUGUGGUAAACUUUUUUUAUAUUACUGAUUUAUACAUUUAGAUCUGACAAGAACUAAGAGCAAGAAUCAAUUUGUGUUGAAGAAAUUUAAAACAGUUGCAAGGAUGCUUUUUUUGUUGCAUACAGCCAUUCUAUCUUUAUUUAUUAAAAAAGAACAAUGGAAUGAUACCAAUUUAUUGAUAAAAAUUUUAAUUUCAAUAAUCAUUGUCCAAUGUUAAGUUAUUAUUAUGGGGUGAACUAUUUCUGUUUGUGUGAAUAUAUUUAGUAUCAAAA